GCUGUUCCUAUUCAUCGAGACUUCCUUUCCUCUAAGCACAUCUCCCUACGAAGGAGAUGUCUGCUUCGAGGUUGCCAACCCAGUCCUCUUCAACACCAUGCCCAAGUACGUAAGGCGUCAGCCUCUCAUCGAGCGAGUCAGAGCCUACCUCAAUCCGUACGAUUUCCUGCUAUGGAUCUCUGAAGAGAUUGAAUCAAACGGAUGGGACCAGCUUGAAAAGGAAUGGGCUACACCGAUUGGCCUUGUGCUGAAUCUGGUCUUUAUCAUUGCCAGGGCGAACUCAAAGGGCACAUCUCGCGGCUAUGACGACGUCUUUGGAGAUGUUCCACGGAUUGCUUGGACGGCAUGGCUGGCCGCAUUCAUCGUUCAUUUCUUGACGCUCUUGUGUGGUGUCAAUGCUGUCUACACCUUCUGGCGGAAGAAACACUACCGGCUAUUCGAGAACUCCGUGGAUACUGUUCCCAGUACUCCUUCUGCGAAACGUGUCCGAGUCGACUCUUCUCCUGUCUCCUCCUCGCCCCUACGAUUUCUUUCCAAUAUCCUAGGCACAGAAUCAGCGCAGUCAAGAGCACAUCCGGACCCUACAAGAGACGUCUGGGAGAUCGCAGUCUGGGAUCCCUUGCCUGUGUCACUUCGACUGUUCUGCUACUUCAGUCCGGGCCAUGUCCUCAUCUACUGGCUUUUCUUACCCACGCUGUCAUCUGAUUCUCGACCAAGUGUCACGAUUGCUACAGCGAUGUUUCUGGCAUUGCUUCUGUCGGCUCAACUAAGUCUCCUUCAGUCGAGCUAUUCCACCCAAAUCAAAGAUACUGCAUUCAUAUCAAAGGAAGUCCUGCAUGAGUACGACACAAAAUAUGUGAAACCAAGAACACAACCUGUUUACCGCGAUGUUGGCACACAGUUCAGUGAGCAGGCGUCCUACAGUUCUGCCCGCGACGGACAAUACAACAAAGUGGAUGUCUACACUCCCAUGGUUGUCAUUAAUCGUGGCUUCAAGACACACGCAAAUCCGAACUACUCCCAUUAUACAGAUCCGGACGGAGCGGACUCAAGUAAUUUUCGACACCGCAUAUCUACACCUGAUUUCAAGUCACCUGUUCAAGUCCCACAGGCCAGCUCUGCAGUGAGACCUCUGAAUGCUAUGCGACAACCAAACUUCCGACCGACUUCUUCUGGUGGUGAUGGUGGAAGCCUUGGUGUGUAUUCACAUGCUGCGUCGCCUCUCAGAAAGAGUGCCUCGACCAAUUUCUCGCGCGAUCGCAUCACUCAAAGUCCUGAGAAACGAUCAAUGAGUCCUGAUAAACGGAUGAGUGUGCCUGCUGGAGGUAUCAAUACUCUCGCUGCUGCUCAACGCUGGGCCCAUUUGAAACCUGAUAGACAUCGAAGAGAAAGCGGCCGUUUCUAGCUACUGUAUGAAAAUCGCCCCUUGGCUGGGUCAUGAGCUUGAACAAGGACACUUGCCA